AGGGCGUGUCCUGCUGGGCUCCAUGAGUGGAGUAGAUUGGAGCGGUUUAAAGAAGAAAACAAGGGCAAACCCGGUGGCUAGAGAGGUGCGCUGUGGCUGAGUGCGCGGGAAUGGACUACCCUGUGCAUCGAGGGGACACCAUGGCCUUGGGGCUGCACGACAGGUACUGUGCAAUAUCCCUGGUGGAGGAUGACGAUGCUCAUAUGAAGGUGUCUCUCGGCUGUGGUGAGAUGGGGCUCUCGACCCACCUGCAGGCAUCCAAGACGGGCAACACCCGCUUCUUCACCAGUAACACGCACAGCUCCGUCGUCCUACAGGGUUUCGACCAGUUGAGGAUAGAGGGGCUGCUGUGCGACGUCACGCUGGUAGCUGGCGACGGCGAUGAGGCGUUUCCUGUUCACCGAGCCAUGAUGGCGUCUUCAAGUGACUACUUCAAAGCCAUGUUUACAGGUGGGAUGAAGGAGCAGGACCUGAUGUGCAUCAAGCUGCACGGCGUGAACCGGAUCGGCCUGAAAAAGAUCAUCGACUUUAUUUACACCGCCAAGCUCUCGCUCAACAUGGAGAACCUGCAGGACACCCUGGAGGCGGCCAGCUUUCUGCAGAUCCUCCCGGUGCUCGACUUCUGCAAAGUGUUCCUCAUCUCCGGGGUGUCGCUGGAGAACUGCGUGGAGGUGGGGCGCAUCGCUAGCGCGUACAACCUGGCCGAGGUGGACAAAUAUGUAAACAACUUCAUCCUGAAGAACUUCCCGGCGAUCCUCGGGACGGGCGAGUUUGUGAAGCUCCCCGUGGAAAGGCUGGCCUUCGCGCUGUCCUCCAACGGUCUGCGGCGCUGCAGCGAGCUGGAGCUGUUCAAAGCAGCGUGCCGCUGGCUGCGGGCGGAGGACGGGCGCAUGGAGCACGCAGCCCGCCUCAUGCGCAACGUUCGCUUCCCGCUGAUGAGCCCGAGCGAGCUAAUCAACCACGUGCAGACAGUCGACUUCAUGCGCACGGACAACGUGUGUGUCAACCUGCUCCUGGAGGCCAGCAACUACCAGAUGAUGCCCUACAUGCAGCCGGUGAUGCAAUCCGAGCGCACGGCUAUCCGCUCUGAUAGCGCGCACCUGGUGACUCUGGGGGGUGUCCUCCGCCAGCAGCUGGUCGUCAGCAAGGAGCUACGUCUGUUCGACGAGAAGGCGCAUGAAUGGCGGGCCCUGGCGCCGAUGGACGCGCCCCGCUACCAGCACGGCAUUGCGGUCAUCGGAAACUUCCUGUACGUCGUCGGGGGACAGAGCAACUACGACACCAAGGGAAAGACCGCGGUGGACACGGCGUUCCGCUACGACCCGCGCUACAACCGCUGGAUGCAGGUGGCCUGUCUGAACGAGAAGAGGACCUUCUUCCAUCUAAGUGCACUCAAGGGCCACCUGUACGCCGUCGGAGGCAGGAACGCCGCCGGGGAGCUCGCGACGGUGGAGUGCUAUAACCCCAGGACGAACGAGUGGACGUAUGUGGCCAAGAUGAACGAGCCGCACUACGGUCACGCAGGAACGGUCUACGGAGGCUACAUGUACAUUUCAGGCGGCAUUACACACGACACCUUCCAGAAGGAGCUGAUGUGCUUCGACCCGGAGGCAGACCGGUGGACGCAGAAGGCCCCCAUGACGACGGUGCGCGGGCUGCACUGCAUGUGCACGGUGGGCGACCGGCUCUACGUGAUCGGCGGCAACCACUUCCGCGGCACCAGCGACUACGACGACGUCCUGAGCUGCGAGUACUACAGCCCGGCGCUGGACAUGUGGACGAGCAUCGCGGCCAUGCUGCGCGGCCAGAGCGACGUGGGCGUGGCCGUGUUCGACAACAAGAUUUACGUGGUGGGCGGCUACUCGUGGAACAACCGCUGCAUGGUGGAGAUCGUGCAGAAGUACGACCCGGACAAGGACGAGUGGCAUAAAGUGUUCGACCUGCCCGAGUCGCUCGGGGGGAUCCGGGCAUGCACACUUACCGUGUACCCUCCAGACGAGCUGGCUCUGGCGGGGUCACCCAGUCGAGAGUCGCCACUGUCCGCCCCUUGAAAACGGAGGGGGGAGAGAUGGAAAGAGAGGGAGAAAGACGCUGAAACACAGACACAUGGACGGCUCGAGGGACUUGCAGUUUGCUCGGUUCACAUCUCUCCCUCCGUGGGUUCUCUUUACUUUUCCUCUCCCCUCUGUCUCUCUCAUCUUCACUCUCUCUCUCUCUCUCUCUCUCUCUCUCUCUCUCUCUCUCUCUCUCUCUCUCCAGGAAUAAGAAGACAAUGUUUGCACUUCGUUCCCGCCCCACAGUUUUUGUCUGAGAAGCGUCUGUGGUGAAGUCCCGCCCCCUACCACCCACCCCCUCGCCCCCGUUCCUACAAUCUAUGCUGAAGAACCCUGAUUCCUUUAUCCCUUUAUCUUUCACCUUCCUCCUUCUUUAUUUUUUUGAGACGGGAAAGGAAAAUUAGGACACCAUCUCGGUUGGCAACCUAAUUAUAUCUUGAUGUUACUUUUUUUUUUUAUGUUAUUAUUGUUUUUACUCCUCACCUUAUUUGGCAGGAAUAAUCUCAAAAAAAAAAAAAAAAGAGACUUUGCAAUUCAACUUUUCUACCUGACGCCUCUGGAGUUUUCAUUAUGCUGGUAUCGCCGUCUUGUUUAUGACCCCGGAGUCCUACACUACAGCACACUACACCCACUCAAUCCUUCUCAAUCUACCAUCUCUCUUUAUUUUAUUUUAUUUUAUUUUUCAUCCUCUUUGUUCUUUAUUAUUUAUUUUUCUUUAUCACUCAUUCCUCGUCGUAUGAUCACGUUUUUCUCUCUCUUUCUCUUUCUGCAUGUCCUCCACUUCAUUUUUUAUUUUUUUCCUCUUUGCGUCACAUGUAAGCUGUCAGGGGGGGAUUCAUUGACCUUUGACUUCAGGAAGAGGAAAUGGAUUUCUACUCAGGGGCUGGCCUGCCCCCCCUCCCCCACACUCCCUUCAAAACCCUCAAUCUACCCUAAAAUGACAUUUCAUCACUUUUGUUCCUGCUGUUGUUAUGAACCAUUAAAAAAAAAAAAGAAUUGUU